AUACAUUUCCGAGGAGACCAUGAAUGCAGCACUAUGGGAGGGUCUUGUGAGUAUCGGUUUGGUAGGCUUUCACUCUGACUACAGCUGCUUCAAGGGACGGAAGACAGUAGGAGGGGAACACGGAGGUCUUUGAUAUUUGAAAGCACACUCUUGAAAAGAUGGCAGCCAUCAGGAAGAAGUUGGUGAUAGUUGGGGAUGGUGCGUGUGGGAAGACCUGUCUUCUCAUCGUCUUCAGUAAGGACCAGUUCCCCGAGGUCUACGUCCCCACUGUGUUUGAGAACUACAUCGCUGACAUUGAAGUUGAUGGCAAACAGGUGGAGUUAGCGUUGUGGGAUACAGCAGGUCAGGAAGACUAUGACAGACUGAGGCCUCUCUCCUACCCUGACACAGAUGUUAUCCUCAUGUGCUUCUCCAUAGAUAGCCCCGACAGUUUAGAGAACAUUCCCGAGAAAUGGACGCCUGAAGUGAAACACUUUUGUCCCAAUGUCCCAAUCAUUCUCGUGGGUAACAAGAAGGACCUUAGGAAUGAUGAACACACACGCAGGGAGCUGGCCAAGAUGAAACAGGAGCCUGUUAAGUCCGAGGAGGGCAGAGACAUGGCCAACCGCAUCAGUGCCUUUGGCUACCUGGAGUGCUCUGCCAAGACCAAGGACGGCGUGCGGGAGGUGUUCGAGAUGGCCACCAGAGCAGCACUGCAGGUCCGCAAGCGCAAGAAGAGGGGCGGCUGCCAGCUUCUGUGAAGGGACGGAGUUUGUUGGCCGAUCAGCACCUGAGGGAGGACUCCCCCCUUACGCACAGAGCAAACUUAGAGAAACCUUAAAUCAAUGGCUUCCGUGGACUAUACUUACGUCACAGAUAUGCCACAGGAUAACAUGAAAGACUGACACACCUGUUUUAAAAGCAAAACAAAUCAGCUUUUUUUUUAACAAUUUCCUCUGCUCCUCACUUUCUGUUAGUUUGCUCGUUUUUCUCCACCAGCCUGUUUGUGUGAAGGACCUGUCACUUCCUCCUGUAUGAAUGUAUGUUUGUAUUUAUAUGUGCAUAUACUUUACAAAUAUAUCCUGUGUGUUAUGAUUGUUUACAGAGAAGGGUCUUGUAGCUCACAUGCCCACUGAAUGGCAAGUUUUUAGAUUUACUUUUAAUAGUACGAACCCCUGCUUCUCUUCAACCUGCACGUACUACCCAGUCUCCUUUUUGUUAUAUUAUUCACCCAUAGUCCUAUUUCACAAAGUGCUAAAUCAGCAGAGUUCCAUUUUCCCCAGUUUUUAUCUUCUGACAAAAGACUAAAUUUAGAGCCUGUUCACUCUGCAUUAAUCCACUAAAACCUACAAAAACUGAAGCAGCAGUGACUUUGAGCGGAGAAGUUUUGGACUGCACCUUGCUCUGUCCCCCAUGGCGAUAGAUUAAGCCAGCGCUGGAGACAGUGGUCUAUUGUCAGACACAAUACUGUCAGUCACACUCACUGGCUCAAACUGACUUGCCUCUACGUCACCAACGCCCUUCCCAAACAAGCCUCCUGUCUGAACUCUGCACUGUUGAUUCAGAUCCAGUCGUUGCAUCAUUGCUGUACUGAAUCUACGGGUUCGGCUGCACACUGCAAACAGAUAUAGUCCUAUUCUGUGUAUAAAAGUUUUAAUAAACAUUCUUAUUGACAACUGGAUUGACAGCUCAAAUGUUGUCUUUACCAAUGUGCCGUCUCCUCAGUUUGGCUCACCAGAGCUCAUUAGCGUUAGACUUUUUGAAACUGGGUCUUUGUUGUUGUGUAACAGGCCUUUAUUUGACACUAAACACACAGGACGUUCCAUGAAAUGUGAUUGGGAUAGCUCAGUGCGUAGCCAGUGGUUGGUGAAAUGUUUUUCUUGAGUAGCCAAUAAAGAUCAUAGAAGUGGGGUCAACUGAAAAGCAGAUGUUGUAUAUGUUUAACAACUGUGGUGUGUUCGGGCCCAGCAAUGAAACAGUCAAUUAGAAUUUUUUUCCAUCAAUGCGUCACAAGUGCCAUUCCCAUAAUAAUUAGGGUUGCAUCCACUGACGGUUGUCUCGCUGAAUUUUCUCCAGAUGUGUGUUAUCAUCACUAAGUGACAAAAUCAUCAAAGCGCCUCAUCUUCUUACAGGCAGCCCCCUUGUGCAGCUAGUGUUUCUGUAUCAUGGCUGGAGCAAAGAGAAAGCCUUGAACACACAUAAUGGUCCCUACGUUGAUCUUACCACCAUCGUAAGCUACAACUGUGGUGGUCUUUAACCAGUAUAUUCAGAUCCAUAGAAUUCACAAUGUUACGGGUAGGGCUCAUUUCUGAACAGUUCCUCUAUGUCUCAGAUAUCAAAGACCAUAGUUCAAGAGAAAAUGUUGAUUGUGAUGACGCUUUACAAACAGGAGUGGGAUGUGUUCAAUGUCUGGAUGAGACAUGUUAUUAAAGUAUUUUUGAAAUAC